AUGCCUAACGAUUAUCUCCUCAAUGAAAUCAACAACCUGUCAUGUCAUAAGGCAAAGGGAAUCGAUGCCAUUAAUGUCCAACUGCUCAAAAUUGGCUGUAACGAAAUCCUUCCAUCGCUUCUUCACAUCUACAACUCCAGCAUAACCUCAGGCAUCUUUCCAGACCUGUGGAAAAUUAGCAAAAUCACACCAGUUUCUAAAAAGGGCUCCCGACAAGAUAAAGAUAAUUAUAGACCGAUCUCUGUGUUGUCUGUAUUAUCAAAAGUCUUGGAACGCUAUUACGGAAUGUAUCUCAUGAACUAUCUUAACGAAUACAACUUACUUGUAAGGUCUCAGUUUGGAUCUCGGCCCUUUCAUUCUUGUGAAACGAUGUUACUGCAACUUACGGACACGUUAUUACACAACAUGGACAAAGGAGAACUAAAUGGAAUACUUCUGGUAGAUUUUCGGAAAGCUUUCGAUCUAGUUAACCACGAACUUCUUCUAAAGAAACUUGCUAUCUAUGGACUCUACUCUACAGCGGUUCACGUCCUACUUGACAGAACGAAAGCAACUUGUUUCUAUAGGACAAUCUACGUCAGAUCUCCUCCCAGUACGUAG